CGAAGCGUUCUCCACACAUGUGCACGAAUUUAUUUUAACUAGGGCCACCAUAGUAAUUGGUAUGGUCGUUUCACAUAACUAGCAUUUAGCAACAUCAUCAACCAACCAAAAUCAGGCGGAAUUUGCGCUCAACUACGUGCUUGCCUAGCCCACACCACGUACUUCGAUUUCUGGUUGCGUGCCCGAAGAAUUCAUUCCAGGGCACGUUGUGGAGGAUGCGAAAAAAAAAAAAAAAUACACUGCUGGGGUGGUGUGACGAAGUGGAAUAAAGUCCUCUGAUUGGCUGGGUUAACGUUUAGUCACGGUUGGGUACGUGGCUUCCGACGGAUUUGCGGUCUCUAGAUUAAGGGGCUUAUAUCACACUGGCUUUUGUCGAGCAUCUGGCCCAUAUAUGUGCGGGAUUUGAUAAAUAGAGCCGAUGGCCAGACCAAAAGUUCAGAUGUUUCGGGCUACUCCAACUCUUCGGACAAUUACUUCUCAUUCACCAGACCGAUAACAUCGCUUUGUCCGUCGUCAAAACACAAAGCCAAGCAACAAUUUGGUAUCUCGUUGGACGUAUACGGAAUAAUAACGGAACCAUUCAAGUAACGCCACAUCAAACGUACUUAGACUUCUCCUCGCAAUGCGUUUCGAAAACACACUGGCUCUUGCCGCGCUACCAGCCCUGGCAUCGGCGACAUACACCACGGAGUAUCUCAUCGGUAGUUCCAACAACACAAUCCAGGUUCUCAUUGAAGGAGAGGGUCCAUCGCUUCUGGUCUGGCCAUCGUUCGCCCGGGACAGUCUAGAGGACUUCCACGAGUUCUCCAGCGCCCUUGCCGAGGCCGGGUACAGGGUUCUCCGUCCCCAACCGCGCGGCACGGGCGAGUCGACUGGCCCGAUUAACACGACCUGGGAUGAGGUCGGCGCCGAUGUUGCUUCGGUUAUAGAUACCUUUGGAAACGGCAAGGCGGUCAUUCUCGGUCACGCCGGCGGCCAGGGCGUCACUAAGUACAUGGCCGCGACCUACCCGGAAAAGGUGCCGUCGAUCGUCUUGGCAUGCAUCACCACUGGCAUCAACACCAACGCCACGAUCGCCGCCACGUCAAGGAUCGCAAGCAACUACAGCAACUCUGUUGAGGAUAGACUUGCGGCACUGGAGCUUGGUUACUUUGCUCCCGGACACGAUGCCUCAGUCUGGCUGACGGGCUGGUAUCCCGAAACGAGGGACUCCGUGUCUGGUACUGCUGUGAACACUCUUGGAGGGAACCACACACAGAUUUUGGAUGUUAUUGCGACCUUUGACCCGUGGAGAGCAAAGGACCAGUGGAACUAUACCACUGAUUUGGCUGGUAACCGUUCCACUGUUGUGUUUGUGGAGGAUGCGUCCCAUGCGUUGUUCCCCGAGAACCUACAGGGACUUCUUGAUGUCCUGAUGCCGUGGUUGAAGACCCAAACCUCAGGCUGGUUUUAGAACCGUGGAGCCUGAGUCAAGCUCAUUGUUAGACAGACAUUGCAUUCAUAUUCUGUACCUUUGACUCAAAUACCCAUAGACACCUUUUCAAAGCUCAUACUGAAGAGUUUGUGAUUGCAAAUGAAUAGAUUCUGGAAUUUGA